GCCGCGCGCAAUAAUCCCGCGGCAAACCGCACGGCGGGUGAAUUCGUAUCCGUUUUCAUUGCCCCCCUACGCGAUGAUUCGCAUUGCGUUUCGGGGUUAAUGCAAUUCCCGACUUUGCUUUGCUUCCCGCUUUCUGCCCGCUGUACGAAUUCACCUCGCCGUUGUCUCACCACUUCGAAAUCAUUUCCACCGCGCUGCAGCAUCACGCCAAAGGGAGCUGUGAUGUAUUUGGACCUGUAACACACCAUCAACAGAGAGUGAGUGAGAGUGUGAGUGAUUCCCCCAGAGUGCAAGCAAGGUGAAAGAGAUCCAUUUGGCGAAAAUGACGGCGCUGGCUAACCAGGCAGCGGCGCUGCUCGAUUUCAACCAGAAGCUUGAUAUUGGCCUUCUGGACAGCAUCGUGGUCAGUAUGUAUGCCGGCAAGGGUGAGACACAGCGCGUCGCGCAAGAUGUGCUCACCUCGCUGAAAGAGCACCCGGAUGCGUGGACGCGCGUCGACACCAUCCUUGAAUAUUCCACCAACCAGCAAACCAAGUACUACGCGCUGCAGAUCCUCGAACAGGUGAUCAAAACCCGAUGGAAAGUCCUGCCGCGUAACCAAUGCGAAGGAAUCAAGAAAUACAUCGUCGCGUUGAUCAUCAAAAUCAGCUCCGAGCCGCAAUCGCUCGAAGAGAACAAGACAUACAUCAAUAAAUUGAAUAUGAUUCUUGUUCAGGUCUUAAAACGCGAAUGGCCGAAGAACUGGGAGAGUUUCAUACCAGACAUCGUCGGCGCGAGUAAAACAAACGAGUCGCUCUGUCAGAAUAACAUGAUUAUCCUACAACUGCUCAGUGAGGAGUUGUUUGACUUCUCGUCGGGGCAUCUCACGCAAGCGAAGGCAAAACACUUGAAGAAUAUCAUGUGUGCGGAAUUCUCGGCGAUUUUCCAGUUGUGUCAGUUCGUGCUGGAGAACUCACAGAGCCCUCUGUUGGUAAAUGUCACAUUGGAGACGUUAUUACGCUUCCUCAACUGGAUUCCGCUGGGUUACAUCUUUGAAACAAAACUGGUAGCGACUUUAAUCGGUAAAUUUUUGCCGGUGCCGCUAUUUCGCAAUGUGACGCUCAAGUGCCUCACGGAGAUCGCCGGCCUCGGGGAUUACGACCAGGUGAUUGUCGAGAUGUUCAAUGAUACCAUGAAGCAGCUGGAGAUCAUGCUGCCGCUGACAACUGACAUCCGCAGCUCGUACGCAUGCGGACAGGAUCAGGAACAGAACUUUAUUCAGAAUCUCGCACUCUUCCUCUGCACAUACCUCAAGGUGCACAGCUGCACCGCCGAGGAGCAGCACGGUGCGCUGACCAACUCGCUGCAGUAUCUCGUGUUGAUUUCCGAAGUUGACGAGAUCGAGAUAUUCAAGAUCUGCCUUGAGUACUGGAAUAGUCUCGCGUCGGAUUUGUACAAGGUAUGCAACUCAAAGUACAGCCCAAUUGUACGCCGUGCACUAUACCAAGAUGUCCUACACAAAGUCCGAUAUAUUAUGAUUUCCCGCAUGGCGAAACCCGAGGAGGUGCUCGUGGUGGAGAACGACAAUGGCGAAGUCGUGCGGGAGUUCAUGAAGGACACGGACUCGAUCAAUUUGUACAAGAAUAUGCGCGAGACGCUCGUGUAUCUCACGCAUCUGGAUUAUGCGGACACAGAGCGUAUUAUGACAGAAAAACUGCAGAAUCAAGUGAAUGGUACUGAGUGGUCCUGGAAAAAUCUAAACACGUUGUGUUGGGCCAUUGGGAGUAUUUCGGGCGCGAUGUACGAGGAAGACGAGAAGCGUUUCCUUGUGACGGUGAUCAAGGAUCUGCUUGGUCUCUGCGAGCAGAAACGUGGUAAAGACAAUAAGGCGAUAAUCGCUUCUAAUAUUAUGUACGUCGUCGGGCAGUAUCCGCGCUUCCUGCGCGCGCAUUGGAAGUUUCUCAAGACAGUCGUCAACAAACUGUUUGAGUUCAUGCAUGAGACGCACGAUGGCGUGCAGGACAUGGCCUGCGAUACGUUCAUCAAGAUCGCGUUGAAAUGCCGGCGACAUUUUGUCACGUCGCAGGUUGGGGAGGCGUGUCCGUUCAUCGAGGAGAUCCUCGCGACGAUCUCGACGAUUAUCUGCGACUUGUCCGCGCAGCAGGUUCAUACUUUUUACGAAGCUGUAGGUUACAUGAUUUCGGCACAAGGCGACUCACAGAUUCAGGAGGCGCUGAUUGAGAAGUACAUGAUGUUGCCUAAUCAGGUGUGGGACGAUAUCAUUUGUCAAGCGAGUAAGAAUGUUGAUGUGCUGAAAGAAGUCGAAGUGGUUAAACAGCUUGCAAGUAUUCUGAAGACAAAUGUUCGUGCUUGUAAAGCGUUAAAUCACCCGUAUGUAGUUCAGCUCGGACGGAUAUAUCUCGAUAUGUUGAACGUUUAUAAAGUUAUGUCGGAGAACAUCACGCAGGCGAUUGCCAUUCAUGGCGAGGCGGUGACUCGGCAGCCAUUGAUUAAGGGCAUGCGCGUUGUGAAGAAGGAAACGCUCAAGCUGAUCGCUGAUUGGAUAUCGCGUUCGAGUGAUCACGUGAUGGUCUUGCAGAAUUUCAUACCGCAUCUAUUGGAUGCGGUGUUGUUGGAUUACCAACGGACGCAUUUGCCGGCUGCAAGGGAGCCAGAGGUGCUCAGCGCCAUGGCGACCAUUGUUAAUCGAUUGGAGAGCCACAUCACCUCACAGAUACCCACGAUAUUCGACGCCGUCUUCGAAUGCACGCUUGAUAUGAUCAAUAAAGAUUUCGAGGAGUAUCCGGAGCAUCGAACAAACUUCUUCUUGUUGUUGCAAGCGGUGAAUAACUACUGCUUCCCGGCGUUUCUGACCAUCCCACCGGCGCAGUUUAAACUGGUGCUGGAUAGUGUGAUCUGGGCGUUUAAACAUACAAUGCGCAAUGUAGCCGAUACAGGACUGCAGAUUCUUUUUAAAUUGUUGCGUAAUAUCGAAGAGAAUAAACAGGCGGCGCCAGGGUUUUAUCAGACUUAUCUGACUGAUAUCCUGCAGCAUGUUUUCUCCGUGGUGACGGAUACGUCGCACACGGCCGGCCUAGCGAUGCACGCUUCCAUUCUUGCUUACAUCUUCUCGCUCGUGGAGAUGGACCAGCUCGGCUGCCAGCUGCGGCCCGGCACUGACAACAUUCUCUACAUCCAGGAGUUCACCGCCUCGUUGCUCAAGAGCGCCUUUCCGCAUCUGACCGACAAUCAGAUCAAGAUCACCGUGCAGGGCAUGUUCAAUCUCAAUCGUGACACCACUGGCUUCAAGGAGCAUCUGCGAGAUUUUCUCGUACAAAUUAGAGAAUAUACCGGUGAAGAUGAUACCGACUUGUUCCUGGAGGAGCGAGAGAAGGCGCUGCAGGAGGCGCAGGCGACCAAGAUGAAGAUUCACAUGGCAGUUCCGGGCAUUCUCAACCCGCACGAGGUGCCCGAAGAGAUGGAGGAUUAGCCCUCGUAGUGAUAAAAACGCAGGAAGAACACAGCCACCUCGUACGCCCUCCUCCCCCAGCCCAUCCCCGACGUUUUUGCCAGCACCUUCCUCACACAAACACACACAUCUACAACACGCAUUCACACUCCUACAGAUCAGCAGCGCGAGAGAUUCUGAUAUUUUUAUAUUUGUAUUUUGUAGCGAAUCAAAACACAGUCUCAGCCGGUGUGCGCGAAUGAGCGUUUCGUUUUUCUAAUGUAAUUAAUUCAGCCAGUAAUUAUUAUUGAACACUGUUCGGGGAGAUACAUGUUUGCGCUUACGGUUGUUUCAUUUCCUCGACGCGCAAGGCAUUGCGCUUUGUUUAGCCCAGUGCACUGGUGUUUUUCAGUUUCUUUUUUUUUAAUUAUUAUUAUAUAUUUGGUUGUUAUGCGUAACGUAAGGAGAUUAGAAGCACCAAAAAAAUGAUUACGCGAUCUCUCUCUGUUUGUUUUCCCUCAUUAACUUAACACACACUCACACCCACACACAUUUGUAAGUAACUAAUCGCCUGGAAAUUGACGGCGUGUGUCGUUUUUACCGAGAACUGAUUUAUGCAAGCUAGGACGAGUAUAUACAAUGAACGAGAAUAAGAAUCAACGCGACAAAACCACAAAAUUGUUAACUAGUGAUGGAUAUGCCUGAUACGUUUGAUUGUCGGUGUGUGAAUCGGAUUAUACAUGUCAUGUUGAAUGUUAAUUACUAAUUGCAUAAGUAUAGAAAUUGUAUAUGAAAGUGAUUACGUUUUUGUUUCCUGAUAUUAUUUUGUAAUUGUUUCUAAGUUAGGCUCGCGCGCACUGUGAGGGUGAGAAUGGUGAGAUGUGUCGUCGUUUUUCGCUCCGGUACUUAAUGAUUUGAUUGAUAAUGAUGCUGGUGCAACCCCCGCCAAACGUAUGUUUUGUAAUUGCAAUGAUGCGCAGGUUGUCUAGAGAGACGCAAAAUGUGACUUCGAAUUCUCGAUUAAGGUGUAAUCGUAGCGUUGCAUUUAAUUAACGUUCUGUUUGUACAUAGUGUUCCAUUUUGGUCGCGGCGAGAUGUAACCGGAAAUUGUAUCUGGCGGGCAUUUUUUUACUAUUCAUACAAACACGGAGUUGAUUUUUGUUUGUCUUUCGAUUCAGCGAGGCUAAACAAUCGCACGCAGUUGAAAUUUUAUAAGAAAACUAAUAAAACGCAAUGUCUUUUUUUGUUUUAUAUUUUUGGUUUGUUAAUGUCAGUACACUCGCCGGAGGCCCAUCGAAACCAAAAACUAAUUUGCAUCGAAUCGUCGUUUAUCGCACGCGGUCAUUUCCUCCUCUCUCUCGCUCAUCCGCCAUUGUUCACCGGUUCGUUUCGCGGCCAUUUGUUGAUUCCGGGCCGCCAUUUUGUCGUCCGACGUUGCAUUUCAUCUCCCGCGCAGACAUGAACACACAUUACAUUUAACUACUUCGAUUAAUGCAUUGAUUAAUAUUAUAAUAAUACGUUUCUUGUAUAAAUAGUCUAUCGCUCUUAUUAUUAAAGAAGAAAAUUGUAUUAUUAUACAUUCAUUCAAUGAUUUAUAAUGAUAUGAACGUUUAUACAUAUAUUUUAGAAAUAAAACUUUAGAAGAUA